CAUUCUACUUUCCUACUUUCUACGUAUUUAGCGUCAUUCUCUUUUGUCUUCUUUGUUUAGGUUUGGGACGUCUUUCCAAGCGUGCGUUGGUGUCACUGUGAAAACAUACUUGGAAAAGUAAGAAGCGGUUAGAAAGAGGAGGCAGAAGUGAACUGUGACUUGUCUCCUGACAUUUGCAUCUCUUCAAUUUACGCAUUUCCAUCCUCGCCAGAAAUGAAUAAUAGACAAGAAGUGGAGGUGUCAACUGCAGUUGACAAUCCUACUUUGUGGCUUACCUGGUGCCGACUUUGUGCCAAGUCAGCAGAAAGCAAUCAAUUAAUUUUCCCUAAGAGCGACACAGGACAAUCAUCUCUGUUGGCUACAUCAAUAGGAAAGUUCUUUUGGGUUAAUAUUAAGGCUGACGACCAAAUAUCAACAAGUAUAUGUAAGGAAUGUCACAGGUUAAUUGACCAACUAAGCAGUUUUACGGAACGCGUUAAUAAAGUCCAAACACUUUUCUGUUUACUACAGAAUUUGAAGCCAACCACAGAGACAGAUGCCAAUAGUAUAAGAUUGCAGAUUGGCUUAACGGAGGAUUGGGAACACAUAAUAAAAGAUGAACCAACUGACACAAAAUCUCUUAAACCAAAGUUCGCUAACCAGGAAGUGCAAACAGAUCUAGUUAUCUUCUUUAAUACUGGCUGUAGUUCGAAUACUCGCGAGAUAUCCUUAGAUAAAACUCGUAAAAAUCAGUCUUCCGGGAAAGAAGAACCCAGUCAACAUAAAAAGAACGAGGUUACAGAAACAAAAAGAAAACCGUCGCAGCAAAACAGAGAUUUAAGUGAAACUGGAACUGACGACGAGGUGGUAGUUGAAGUCGACACCGAACAAGAAGUCGUACAAAAUUUCGAGUAUCUUAUACAAAAUAAUGACGAUUUAAUAGAAGUGGAUGAAGAUCAUUUUAGAUAUAAAAUUAUUAAACACAAAAGGUCGUCGGGGAGCCAAGAGCAUGGACAGGAUGUCGAAGAUAGUGAUUUGUUUAAAGAGCUAAAAUUCAAAUCUGAGGAAAUUGAAGAUGAUGAGCUUAAGUCGGUGGACCAUUUGUCCCAAGAUAAUAAUACAAAGUACAGUAACCUACCUUUGGAAGAAGACGAAAAUGUCUCGGAGGAAUUGGAAGAAGACUACGUGGAUAUGGAAGAUGAACAGUACUACGAGGAGGAGUAUGAUGAUUUGACAGAUCCCUCUGCAAAAGGAGAGGAAGAACCUUCUUCUACUCAAAAUUCACCGAAAUCAUCGACUGUACAGAAGAGAGGAAGACCAUUCAAAAAGACGGACCGAAAGUCAUCUGCAUAUCGCUAUGAGUGUGAAGAUUGUAGGAGAAAAUAUAAAAAUCCCAAUGUGUACCGUAAACAUAUGCGAUCUUGCCAUAACGUAGUAAUAGAAAGCAUGCCAGAUUUUGAAUGUCCGAUCUGUAAAAAAGAUUGUUCCACACGCGGUCGUCUUAAGCUGCACAUGAGGCAACAUCUUCCCGAAGAAGAAAAGUUGGUAGUUCCCUGUCCAUUCUGUGAUCGUAAGUUUGGCCAAAUCGGGGCAAUGCGGCAGCAUGUAAAAGGAAUACAUCAAGAACUAAAACCAUACAUUUGCGACCAGUGUGGUCGUGCAUGCAAAACUCUAGCCGCAUUAAAAGAACACCAAUUUGUCCAUACCGACGAAUGCCCUUUCGAGUGUAAUGUGUGCAAGAAGCGGUUCAAAAACAAGCCGAGACUAAAGGCUCAUAUGGAUACGCACAAUGAGUCUGCAUACAAGUGCGAGGACUGCGGCCUAAUUUUAAAUACGAGAAGAACGUUGCUGCAGCAUCAGUUGGUGCAUAGUAAUGUUAAGCGAUUUAAAUGUGAAUUCUGUGAUGCUGCAUUUAAGAGGGCUAAAUCGCUAAAAAACCAUCUUAUACUUCAUACCGGGUUAAAGCCUUACAAGUGCCAGUUUUGUGACAAAUCGUUUUCAAAUGGUUCGAAUUGUAGGUCCCACAAAAGGAGAGUACAUCCAAAAGAAUUGGCGGAAGAGGAAGCCAGAGGCAAGAAAAACGAACCAGUCCCCAUACCGAAAUUGGAGGAUUUAAAGGCGGCUAAAACCGCUGUUGUGCAACCCAGGAAGGUCAGGCGGCAAAAUAUUUCUACACAUCUCCGCCGUAAGUCUGAUGGUCAGCAGAAUAGAUCUGAAGACGAUACCGACGACACUGCUGUGGAUACGUAUGAAAUGUCAGACAUGCAUUAUGAAAUAAAGGGCGAUAUGUAUAACGAAGAUGUAGAUGGAAAUCAAGAAGAUGAUGAUGAGUGCGAGGAAACAGUUAUAUAUGAAAUUAUUGAUGAAAUUUAGUUAUGUUCGUCCAAUGUAUAAUAUACAAUAAAAAAUAUUACGUUAAUAUUGAGCA